CUAGAAUCUAAACACCGUUUUAAAAAAGCUUGGAUAAUUUUCUACAUGGGUUUGCUUGUGUGAUAUCUGUGGGAGAGCGGUUUCAGGAUAUUUUGUAGUGGAAUAUUUUUGCCCGUUGAUGAGUUAAAGGGAAAGUGACUGCCAUGACCACAGACGAGGCGGAGAGCGUUCAUAAGAAACAGGUGUGCGAGCAGCAGCAGGAAGAGGAGGACCCCGCUGCACAGGAGCCAGGCCCCGCCGACACCGCUCAGGACAGCCACUCCGGCACCUCGCCGCCCCCUGGGGGCUCGGAGGAGGAACAGCAGUUGAAGCCGCGCCAGCGCACCUCCGCUGGCCGUGGCCUCUCCCGCCUCUUCUCCUCCUUCCUGAAGCGCCGCUCACAGUGCUCGGACGGCGAGGGGGUGGAGACGGAGAGGGCCCGGGAGAAGGACAGCCAGGACGAACCCAAAGCUCCAAUAGCGGACCCCGAGCCAGAACUGCGCAUAGAGGGCGAUGUUGCUCUAGACCAGCACUCAAUCAGCAGUGCUGAAAAUCAGCAAAUCGUAGCAGAUCAGAAGGAAGACGCCGAGCUGGAGUCCUGCAAAGUAGAAAAGGAGAAGGGGGAGAAGGGGGAGAAGAAGGAGAAGAAGGAAAAGAAGGAGAAGAAGGAAAAGAAAGAGAAAGCAGAUAAGGAGAAGCCGGAGAAGAAGGAGAAGCCAGAGAAAAAAGAGAAGGCAGAGAAGAAAGAGAAGAAGGAGAAAAAAGAGAAGAAGGAGAAGAAAAACGAGGACAAGGCCAAAGGAGAGGAGGGGGAGAAAGACAAGGAGCACGAGAAGGAAAAAGAGAAAGUAGAGGAAGAGGCCAAGCCGGAAGACGCAGGUGCGGCAGAAACGGAGGUGAAGGAGGAAGAAGAAAAAGAGGAAGAGAAACAGGAGGAGAACGCGGUGGAGGAGGAGGAGGAGGAGGAGGAGGGGAAGAAGCAGAAAGCAUCUCGCCGCCCCAGGAUCAUGCGCUGCAAAGUCAAGCUGCUGGAUGAUACUCUUUUCGAGUGUGAGCUUGAAAAACAUGCCAAAGGCCAGGAGCUGUUUGCAGAAGUGUGCGACCACCUGAACCUAUUAGAGAAGGACUAUUACGGUCUGGCCAUAUGGGAGACGCCAACCAUAAAGACAUGGCUGGACUUCACCAAGGAAAUUAGACGGCAAGUACAAGGCACCAACUAUGAUUUUACAUUCAAUGUGAAGUUCUACCCACCUGAUCCAGCCCAGCUAUCAGAGGACAUCACCAGGUACUACUUGUGUUUGCAGCUGCGGAAGGACAUCAAGAACGGCCGCCUGCCCUGCUCUUUUGUGACCCUUGCCCUACUGGGAUCUUACGCCCUCCAGUCUGAGCUGGGCGAAUACGACCCCGAGGUUCACGGAACUGAUUACGCCAAGGAGCUCCAGCUCAUCCCAGGACAGACCAAGGAGCUGGAGGAGAAAGUCAUGGAGCUUCACCGCACAUACAGAUCUAUGAGUCCGGCUCAGGCUGAUAUGAUGUUUCUGGAGAAUGCUAAAAAACUGGCCAUGUAUGGGGUUGAUCUCCACCAGGCAAAGGAUCUGGAUGGGGUGGAUAUAAUGUUGGGCGUUUGCUCCAGUGGUCUGAUGGUGUAUAAGGACAAGCUGAGGAUUAAUCGAUUCCCCUGGCCAAAAGUUCUCAAAGUCUCCUACAAACGCAGCAGUUUCUUCAUCAAGAUACGCCCAUCUGACCUGGAACAUUACGAAAGCGCCAUUGGCUUUAAACUGCCCAACUACAAGGCUGCCAAGAAACUGUGGAAAGUAUGUGUGGAGCAUCACACAUUCUUCAGGUUGACGUCCACAGAGGCGGCCACCACUCCCAGGAAGUUCCUGGCUCUGGGAUCAAAGUUUCGCUACAGCGGCCGAACUCAAGCCCAGACCCGUCAGGCCAGCUCCAUGAUUGACAGACCCGCACCGCAUUUCCAGCGCUCCGCCAGUAAGAGGGCGUCCCGCAGCUUAGACGGAGCUAUGGCCUCGACCCCAGAUAAGAACGCCCGUCCCGUCAGUGCUCCCAUCAUGUCUCCCAUCUCCCCGGGCGACAUGGCUCCUUCCCCAGUAGCAUCUGCUGCCCGCACUGAUCGUAAAGAGACGUCCACGCCCACAGGCCGUCCACGCUCCAGUGAGAGGAAGAGCGAGGUGAAGGCAGAGGCCCAUUUGACAGAUGGCUCUAAAACACACAGCACCAAAGCAGAGGGCACACCUGAAGUCAAGACGGUAGCCCGGCGAGAACGGCGGCACCGUGAUGCCCCGGUGGUAACGGCCACCAAUGGGGAGAGAAAGAGCCAGUCGCCACGGGCGGACACAGAGAUGGUGCGCAUGAGGAAGAAAAGAGCUAAGAAAAUUGAGGGUGAAACUAUUUAUAUCAGACAUAGCAAUUUAAUGUUGGAGGACGUGGAUAAGACGCAGACAGAAAUCAUGCGUCAUCACACCAGUAUCAGCGAGCUCAAGCGAAGCUUCAUGGAGUCGGUGCCCGAGCCCAGGCCCAGCGAGUGGGACAAGCGUCUGUCCACCCACUCGCCCUUCCGCACCGCCAGCAUCAACGGCCAGAUGCAGCCCGACUCUCCUGUGGUGAAGACGAAAACCAUCACCAUUUCUGAUGUCACCAACUCCCUUCGCAGCGAAAUCGCCACCAAGGACAUCCCGAUUGUGCAUACAGAGACCAAGACCAUCACAUAUGAGUCUGCGCAGCCCAACGCUCUGUCGGAGAAGGAGUCUGGGAUGCUUUUGAGUGCUCAGACCAUCACCUCAGAGACUGUCAGCACCACAACCACAACCCAAAUCACCAAGACGGUGAAAGGCGGGAUCUCAGAGACCCGUAUUGAGAAGAGAAUCGUGAUCACUGGAGACACUGAGAUUGACCAUGAUAAGGCUCUUGCUCAGGCUAUAAAGGAGGCGAAGGAGCAGCACCCUGACAUGUCUGUGACUAAAGUGGUGGUGCAUCAGGAAACAGAGAUCACCCCUGAGUAACUCCUGCAUGAGACACAGGGUGAAAAAAGCGGGACCAGUCGGGUUUAUGAAUGUGAAAAAACAACGCAAGAUCCCUCACGUCCAGCCCCUUCCCAUCAACCCACCAAGUUCCCCUCACGGACUAACUCUUCCUGUAGCAGCACAUGACCCACCCAGCCAUUGCCAUCUGAGACGCCGCUUUCCAGACCCUAAACAUCUGUCAAUACUGCAAACUGAGCAUCCACUAUCUAGUCCUGUCCAGCGUCCACAAGCAGAUUUCAAGCAAAGACCAGUUCUCAUCCACUUUUCAACACCUCGGACAGACUUUUUCCAAAAAAACCUGCCUGACCUCCACCACGUCAAAGACAUUCCAUGACGGACUGAACCAUGUUAUGAAAUCGUUUUCUAAAACAGUCGCUAAAGAGCAACUUUUUAUCUCAAAUUCAUAUGGUAUUUUUAAGGUGGAUUCCAAAGGGGUGGUUCACAUAAUAACAACUGGGCGGCGGGAAUUUUUUAAAGUGUCAUUUUGUUGUUGUUGUUGUUGUUGUUGAUUUUUUUUUUUUUUUAAUAUUUGUUUGCAAUUGGUUGAUGAUCUGUCGUAAUCUGAAACACUUACAUGGGAUGUUCACCCAAAAUUCAAAUUCCACAUUUAGUGACGCAAAGCUACAUUUUAGGAUUUUCUUUUCUCCGCUAAACAAAAAAAUAGAAGUUUAGCAGAAUAUUCAUGCUGCUCUUUUCCAUUCUUUUUCAAGAAAGUUGAAGACUUAAAGUUAGAGAUAAUUCACCCAAAAAUGAUAGUUAUGUCAUUAUUUACUCAAUGUCAUUCUAAACCUAACAUGACCUUUUUGGUAGAUAUUUUGAGCAUUUUUGGUAAUUAGUAGUCACCAAAACUGUCUGAUUACCAGCAUUCUUCAAAAUAUCUUCUUUUGCAUCUCACAGAAGAGAAAGUCAUACAGAACUGAUAAAUUCAUGAUAGAAUUUUAAUUUUAAGUUUUCAUUCUAUAAUUUCAUUUCCAUUGCAUUACUCCCUAAAAGAGCAACUAAUUGCCCUACUUAGUUACUUUUUGUGUAAUGUGUUACAUUAAUUUUGCAUUACUUUUUAAAUCUGGACUGGCUUGCUUGUUUGUUUUUUAAUAUAAAAAGUAUUUGUCACAAACAAGUGAAAUGAAUAAGCCUCAGGCUGAAGGAAAUGUGAAUUCAGUCAGAAGAAAAUUCAACACUCUUCAGCAAUAAAAAAAAAUGAAGCACAAAUGUUAGUUUAAUGUUAGUCAAAAGUAAUUUGUUCUUAUUAGUAUGGUUAAAUUGGAUCAUCAAAGGUCAGCAGCAAAAACAUUAGUUAAUACAAUGAGAUUAAAUACAUAAAGCAUGUAUGUGCUAUUUAACGUAUUUAAAUAUUGCAGGUUUGCAGCAUAUUCUGAGUUUGCAUCUGCACAUACUCCUGAUUUCCUUCAACAUGGGGACAGGAGAGUUGUCAGUCUUUCAAUGGUUAAACAAAGUAUCUGGCAUGACUUAUUUGAAAAAGUAACUCAGGUAUUUUCUUGUAAAUUAAAAAGUAAUGUGUUACUUUACUAGUUACUUGAAAAAAGUAAUCUGAUUACAUAACUCAUGUUACUUGUAAUGCGUUACCCCCAACACUGUUAACGUCAGUAAUUUUUGAACAUGCAAAUAGGUUUUAAAGUGUUCACCCAAAAAUAAAAAAUCUGUCAUUAAUUACUCACCCUCAUGUCAUUCCAAACACAUUAAAACCUUUGUUCAUCUUCGAAACACAAAUUAUGGUAUUUGUGAUGAAAUUGAAGAGCUUUCUGACCCUGCAUAGACAGCAGCACAACUACCAUGUUUAAGACCCAGAAAGGUAGUCAGUAGGUGCAUUUCCAUUACAUAUUUGCAUAUUUGUGCAAAACUUUGGUGAUAUUUUAUAAAUGUCUAUAAAACAGUACUGCAGUGUUUUCAUUAACCAAUGUUAUGCGACUAAAAUGUGAUUUUUUUUUUUCCUCUUGCGAUAAAUCAUGACAACGGAUUUCGGUGGGAUUUUGCCACUGCACUAGCCAUUAUAUUUCAUUAAAGGAGGCGUAUGCAAGAGCCGCUUCUGGGGAGCUUCUGAACCUGCCACAGCACGGCUGGUAUAAACACAAGCAUUUACAGUACUAGAGUGGCCGCAUCAGAGCCGUACUGCACCACAGAUGUGUGCAGUGUAAAUCGUCUAAGCAUUAAUGGCAUGAAAAGCCCCUUAAACUUUUGAGCGGCCACGUAUAAAGUGUUUCUUGGAGAUAGGGCUUCACGAUUAAUCGAAGGCGAUUGACAUGCGCAUUUUUCAGUAAAGCUGGUUGUGUAAUCAGUAGUAAAUCUCCAGCACGUGCUUUCAGAUGGAGCAGCAUUUACUACACAGAGCCGUAGUUCACUGACAAGCUACGCUAUAUUGCGUUCAUUAUCCCAGACGAUUUAAUCACGCAAUAAAGAAAUCGUUCUGCGAAAACGACAGCUGUUUGCGUAGCUUCUCAGUGAACUACGGCUCUGUAUAGUAAAUGCUGCUACAUCUGAAAUCACGUGAAAACACUUAAUUUAAUAACGUUUUUACUCCAAACUCACUUCAUAAUGUCAGUCGAGUUUUUGAAAUAAAUCCUUCUGUGAGAUGAUGUGGCUUUUUACACAGAAUAAGGCACUCAUAGUAUUCUAAGCAGUGAUAAAGACAUGUAAUUAUUAUAUACUGUAUUAUAAGGAAAAUUAUAAGACGAAGAACUCAGAUAAACCAUAUAAUGCUGUAGCCGUGUGUUUAUUAGACACGUUGAAUCAAUGAAAGCAGUUAAAUCUUCUGUUUAUUCAGCUGCAGUGAACGUGACUUCCUGGGUUUUUGCUUCGGGGGUAUUUGGAGUUUCUGCGCGAGAGCGCCCUCUGGCUUUCGGAUGGAGAUUCACUGCUGAUCACAGAACUGUGCUUCCCUGACAAGAUAUGCAUGACAACCGCAGCUUUUGUUUGAUCACGAUUGCAAUUUCAAUUCAAUUUAUCGUGCAGCUCCACUUGGAGGUUAUAGUACGUUGAAGAAUGAUCAUAUUUUUUUUUUUUUUUUUUUUUUUUUUUUUUACAUACGCCUUGUGAUCUGUAAAUGCGAAAAAAAAAAAAAAAAAAAGUUUGCAUUGCAAUUUUGCAAAAUAUCCCUGAUAUAUGCCUGAAAAACCACCUCAUGCAAGCGUGAAAAAACUUCCGUGUUCCGAAAAUGAACGAAGGUCUUUCGGGUUUGGAAUGAAAAGAGGGUGAGUCAUUAAUGACAGAAUUUUCAUUUUUGGGUGAACUGUCCUUUUAAGUAUUGCAGAGGAGGGAAAGAUUUCAGUGAUUAAAUGUCAGUUGUUUCUUAAACAUCACACGACAUCCUAAGACUGGUGCUUUAUGGUGCUUAUUUUUGGAGCUAGACAGUCUCAGGCCCUUUUCGCUUUCAUUGUGUGGAAAAGAGUAGCAUGAACAUUAAACAUCUGAAUUCCUCAGAAGAAAGAAAGGUUUGAGUAAAUGGAGAGUAAAUGACAUGAUGUUCAUUUUUGGGUGAACUGUUCCCAAUCCAUAACUCCAUCCUGUUGUAAAGUCCCAUCUUUUUUGUUCCUCUUAAAUGUGAAAGUAUUAUUUUGUUCUUGGUGUAAAAAUAAUGUGUUAUUUCAUUCAGAAUGCUGGAGCAAUUUCAGAUGUUCUCUUGUGUUACAUUACUUUGCAUAUUUGUUAAAGGCUUGUAUAAUUUUUCUUUUGUUUUGUUGGUAAUGUCGUCCUGUGUCAUCACGGAUUGGGGGUCCGACGAAGAUGGGGUGGGGUAUUGUAGUGAAACUACACUCUAUGAUGUAUCUAUUUAUUUUCAUCAGUUUUGUUUCUCGUUCGUGCGUGUAUUUUGCAUUUUAGAUGCCCUGCUCUCUUAAAUGCAGCUUUGAUGUUUUUGUAUUAGAUCCAGAAUCCCAAACACCAGCUCCCGCCAGUUUUUAAAUGGGAUUUGCAGGGAUAACUUUGCUCAUUUUCAGUAUAUUUCUACUUUUCUACUAGAGGGGGCAGUAUGUUCUUACCCAUGAGGUCUAAAGCAGAUCUGCAAAGCCUUCAAAGCGAGCAUCCACAUACAACCUGAAGUGGUUUUAGAUGAAUUGGAAUCGAUUAGCCAGGAAUGGAGCUAAUUAGCAGUUAUGGUAAUUAACGGUGCCGUGCAUGAAUUCGAAAGCAGUCAGGUGGACAGCAAAUUAAAAUGCAUUUCAGUCAUUCACUGAGACAUUCAAAAACCUCCAAUUGACUUUAAAGGUCAAGAAUGACAAUUCCAUUGCGGUAAUUCAAUUCUAGGAAAUCAAAGUGAGAAUUUGAGGAUUUUUAUUGUGCAUCAACACUGCCGGUGGCGUAAAGCGUACUGCCCCACGUCAAACUGACGAGUCCAGCACGUCCAGUUUUUAAAUGUCUAUUUUAAAAUGUUACGCUUUUAUAAUAGUUCAAAUAGUAUCCUGUACAGAGAGCGAGGUGUUGUAGUUCGUUCAGUGUGUUGUUUUCUUCAUUGUGGCACUCCUUUCCUAUGCUAGUCUGGGGUGAAGAAAAGAAACGAAUCGUAUGUUUGUCCUCAGAGGUUCCUUCUCUUCUCAUCACACCCGUUUUUCUUUUGCCAUCACUGAAAAAAAAGACAAAUGUACAAUAUAGCACCAUGCACUGAAUAAACUCCAAUUUAGACACAUUCUUCA